CCAAAAUCAUUUGUUUAUGACCAUGGCCAAACCCUCAACCCCGUGCCUGUGAACGCUUCCUUUCUUCUCUCUCCCUUGGGAGCCACAUCCCCAACCCAAUCAAUCAAUUGUCUCGUCUUGAGACGCGCCGCUCAUUACUUCUCCUUCCAUCAUGGCUCCUCUCGGCCGGAAAGGCUUCCUGGCCAUCGCCGUCAUCUUUCACGUGGUGUACAUCUACAGCAUCUUCGACAUUUAUUUCGUCAGUCCGAUCGUGAGCGGAAUGAAGGCGCAUAAGGUGGAAGAGGUGGAGGCGCCGGCAAAGCGGUUGGUGUUGAUCGUGGGCGACGGUCUCCGCGCCGAUAAAGCCUUCCAAUCCUUCCCUGACCCCUCUCCCUCCCCCCACGACCCCUCCCCCGACACCCCCCGCCCCCUCAUGCCCUUCCUCCGUUCCCGCGUCCUCCACCACGGCACCUUCGGCGUCUCCCACACCCGCGUCCCCACCGAAUCCCGCCCUGGCCAUGUCGCCCUGAUCGCCGGCCUCUAUGAAGACGUCUCCGCCGUCACCACCGGAUGGAAGCUCAAUCCCGUCAACUUCGACAGCGUCUUCAACCGCUCCCGCCAUACCUGGAGCUGGGGCUCCCCGGACAUCCUGCCCAUGUUCAAGGAGGGCGCCGUCCCCGGCCGCGUGGAUGCGGAUAUGUACACGGCCGAAGCGGAGGACUUCACGGCGGAUGCGACGGCACUGGACACGUGGGUGUUCGAGCGAGUCGACGCGCUCUUCUCCGCCGCAAAGACCAACGCAACGCUCAACGCCGCGCUGCGCGAAGACCGCCUCGUGUUCUUCCUGCACCUCCUCGGCCUUGACACCACCGGCCACGGAUUCCGACCCUACUCGAAGGAAUACCUCCAUAAUAUCAAGGUCGUCGAUGCGGGCCUCAAGCGCGUCACCGCGCUCAUCGAUAACUUCUACAACGAUGGGAAAACCGCCUACAUCUUCACCGCGGACCAUGGGAUGUCCGAUUGGGGCUCACACGGUGACGGCCAUCCGGAUAACACGCGCACCCCGCUCGUCGCCUGGGGAUCCGGUGUUGCGCCACCCGUGCUCUCCGCCCCUGGCUCCCUGGCUCUCGGGCACGAGGAUGGGUUUAGCGCGGACUGGGGCUUCGACCAGGUUGCACGACACGACGUCGCGCAGGCGGACGUGGCGGCGCUGAUGACGUAUCUCGCCGGAUUAGAGUUCCCGGUCAACUCCGUCGGGGAGCUACCACUAGCGUACGUCUCUGCAGACGCGCACAAAAAGGCGUCGGCGCUUCUAGUGAACGCGCGGGCGAUCUUGGAGAUGUACAGAGUCAAGGAGGCACAAAAGCGAGGGACGCAGAUCCGGUUCGUGCCGUUUGGCGAGUUCGAUGAGCUGGGGGGCGGGGUGGCGGCUGAAGCGCAGAUCCGCGGGAUCCAGGGGCUGAUCCAGGAGGGGCGAUGUGAGGAGGCGAUCGCGCAGAUGACGGAGUUGAUGCGGACGACGUUGCAGGGGCUGCGGUACCUGCAGACGUACGACUGGCUGUUCUUGCGCACGUUAGUGACGGCGGGCUUCCUCGGGUGGAUCGCGUUCGCAGCGACGACGGUGGUCGAUCUGCAUGUGCUGCACGGCGGCACGGCGGCGCAGCGAAGUGUGGGCAGUGUGAUGUUCUUCUCGUCGGCGCUCGUGGCGAUCGCCGCGUUGCUGGCCGUCCAGCGGUCGUCGUGGACGUAUUACGCCUACGCGGUUUUUCCGGUGGCGUUCUGGGAGGAGGUGUACGCGCGACGGGCGUCGUUGAGGGAUAGUCGCGAAGUCCUAUUGGGGCAUUUGCACGGCGUCAAGGAUUAUCUGCGGUUCUUGCUGCGGGCGGGGGCGUUUGUGGGCAUUUUGGAGGCAUUGGUUCAGAGCUACUUCUAUCGAGAGAUUUAUACGAUCUGCUAUAUCCUGGCAGCAGCAUGGCCGGCGUUUUAUGGGGCCAUUUUUCUGCGGCAGAAUCGGUCGCUAUGCGCCACUUGGGCUGCUUCCUGCAUUCUGAUGAGUGGGUUUACGAUCCUACCGGCGAUCAAGACGGAGGAUUUGACAUUAAUAUUAAUUGGCGGCACCUUGAUGUUCGCCGUGGGAAUUAUCUAUCUCUUGUUCGAAAAGAGCAUCAUCCAGAACGGCCCAAAGGAGUCGAUCCCUUCUGACGGACUGUCGAGGAUUAUAAUCGGUGUUCAGGUUGGAUUGGUACUUCUCGCUAUGGUCGUCACUCGAUCCAGUGUCAUGUCUCUUCAGGCAAAACAAGGGCUCCCGCUUGGAACGCAGGUCGUGGGAUGGAUCGUCCUUGUUUCGUCAUUGAUCGUUCCGUUUUUCCAUGGUCUUCGACCCAACCGCCACUAUUUCCACCGCCUCGUGGCCAUCUUCCUCGCCUUCUCGCCGAUCUUUAUCAUCCUCACCAUCUCAUACGAGGGCCUCUUCUACGUCGUCUUCUUCACUACUCUGGUCACCUGGGUGCGGUUGGAGCACCAGAUCUUCGGCUUCACGUCGACAUCAUCGCCUCCGACACUAACCGAUGAGAACCCCACCCAACCUGGUCGCACCGCAACCAAACCACGCCCUUCCUCCCCCACCACCCCCGACUUCCGCUCCCUCACCCUCUCCGACGCCCGCAUCGCCCUCUUCUUUUUCUACCUCCUCCAAUCCGCCUUCUUCAGUACCGGUAACAUGGCCUCCGUCUCCUCCUUCUCCCUCGACGCGGUCUCCCGCCUCAUCCCCGUUUUCGACCCUUUCUCCCAAGGCGCACUCCUCAUAUUCAAGAUUAUGAUCCCCUUCGCCGUCAUCUCCGCCAACCUCGGGAUCCUCAACCGGAAGCUUGGGGUGGCGCCCAGCGCGCUGUUCAUGGUGGUGAUGGCGGUGAGCGACGUGAUGACGUUGAAUUUCUUCUACAUGGUGCGCGACGAGGGGAGCUGGUUGGAUAUCGGGACGACGAUCAGCCAUUUCGUGAUAGCGAGCGCGCUGUGCGUCUUCGUGGCGGGGUUGGAGGGGGUGAGUGAGGUUUUUAUGAGCGGGAUUGAGUUCGGGGAAGAGGGGGUGGUGGAGGGGAAUGGGAGUUUACAGAGCAAGACGACCAAGGGGAAGGAGAAUGGUACGAUAAGACAUUCUACACCGGCCAACGGUGGUCUGGAGAAGCUCCGUAAGGCGGGAGAGGUAGAUAGCAAGUCAUAGCUGCUGCAGAUAGGUAUCUACCGGUACCUAUCUAUCUGCAUGAAUGAAAGUCCGUCUUCAACGCUACCUACCCGCCUACCCGCCUAUCCACCUACUCGCCUACCUACCCUCCUACCUUCCUACUUCCCUUCUAUCUCGGUUAAUACCGAAUUUCCCAUCAUUCAUCCUGAGCACGGCAUAUCCGUAAUGCAGGAGUAUUGUCGCAGAUGGUUGCACAGAGGGUUGUACAGGCGUCACACAGAUGCCGUUGGGAGCCUCUCCUUUAUAGUGAAGUCGAGAUAUGUUAUCGCUGAUUGGUCAAAUUACCCCUGUCCCUACCUCUCGGCCACUCCCUG